AUUACUUCACUCGUCCAUCUUUGCCUUGUUUUAUCUUUAUCUUUAUCUUUUCUUUCCCCUAUCCUCUCGAAAGGGACAUCAUAUAAACCAAGUAAUGGCUAUAUACGCCACCAUUAUCUCAUAAUCCUCCUUUCUUCAUGCGGCGAUCAAUGCGUAAUAGUACCGCACCCUCACCUGGCUUGCGGCGAUGCAAAGUUAUACGAGCAUCAGAUAUUUUCCCUGCAUCAAAGAUGGCCAUCCCAAAAUACGUCUCGCUCUUUUAAACCCGACGCGACCUUCGCAACAGCGCAACAUCGCAACUCGUCGCUACACUGCAGUGUUACCUAGCAUCCAGACUAGAGACCGCGCUACGGAGAUAUGCAGGUCACUUUUAGAGCCGAAACGCCCUUUACUUCACGGUGCUCUAGUCCCUUACUGUAUGAUCAGGACAGGGUCAAGCACAGCGUGUGCCUUGGAAGAAACUACAAAAGCAUCCGUGGAGCGGUCCACCUCACAAUCGCGAAGCCAGGAAAGGGGCCCUUUAGUUGAGAAUGGGCUAGCGUGCGACAACAGUGGUUUGUCUUGGAGAACACCAGACGCCAAUACAGCCAGUGCUGUAGACGAAUCACAAAUUGUCAUCGAUGCUCUUCCAAGAGAGGAAGACUAUAAUGGGUUUGGAAAG